AUGCCGAGCGCGACCCGCGUUCAGAUGUGGACGUACGCCGUGCUCCUUCUCCUCGUAACCAUCGUAGCAACCCUCCUCGGAAGCUCAGUUGCAGAGGCUGUUGCCCUCUUAUCAGAACACAAUAGCCCCCCGAGCAACCUCUCCCUUCUCGUCGCUGGCUUGGUCUUCGCCCUCACGACCUUCGCGUACCUCCUCAUGUUCUUGAUCCAGCGACAGCUUCAUCCCAACUCGCAGCUAACAUGGCUCGCCACCGACUGUGUUGUCCUCACUUUCCUCUCCAUCUGGGGCUUUGGGUGCGCCGUCGCCUUCACCACCCGCGGCUUGCUCGACAUUGGGUCGUGCCCAGCGUCCACCGCCGGCACGUGCAGCCUCACCGUCGGCGCCGGGGUCCUGCUGUGGAUUUGCAGUGUGCUUCUCAUCGUCACUCUCGCCUACCUUGUCAUCACCAAGACGGUGAACCACCCAGGCCGUGAGGCGUGGGCCCGUUCAGUCCUCAGCCUAACCAAGCCCGAGGAUAUCAAGCCGCGCGAUCCGUCCUCUGCACCGCCCAGCAACCGUACGUCGACGACCAUCAACCAGGACCAAUUGUCUGAGCCUGAGGCUGUGCGCCCCUUCCUCAACAUUGAUCUCAUUGACGACGACGAGACGGCCGAGUCCAACUCGCCGCCGCUAUUGCACCACGCCCCGUCCCUCCCGUACUCCCGCUCCGGCUCGAGCACUCCUUACUCCCAUUCCAAGUCUAGCCUUCCCCACUCGUACUCCAAGCCGAGCAUUCCCUACUCGAGCCCAGGGAGCUCCCGCACCGCUGCAACUUCCCAAGCGUCGCUGCUGAAUGCCCGCUCGUACACUCAGAACUCGCUGCCGUCAACAAUCCACAACCACAGUUACGGGUCGCCGGUUCCCCCGCUCCCACCCCUUGUGAUCGACGAGAAGCGUCGCGAGCGCUCGCCAGCGUACCUCCCAAAUAACAGUUCGCAAACCUACAUCCCAAGUGCCAGUUUGCGCCACAACCUCAUCAUCCAGAUCCCACAACCACGCAACGAGGAGGAGGGCAUGAUCUUCAGCGCGGCCUCGGACGUGUUCAGUGUCAUGGCCGACAAUGCCGGUUCGCCCCGCUCCCUGAUGUCCGACUUCCCCCAGGACCCACCUACGCAAGCGUUAUCGCUCCUCGCCGAGCCCGUGUCGCGGGGCCCGACGCCGCACUCCGCUGCCACUGAGAUGUGGGCCCGCCAGGCGCCGACGUACACGCCACCGCUGACGAGCGGAUCACAAUGGAGCACGAACAACGCGCCGCGUCCACACGAAAAACGUCCACAGUACCAGAGCUUGUCGUCGGGCUCAACGGUCUCGGCAGCCACCAUGGGCUUUCCCCCAUACGCGCGGCGCGGAUCGCCGCCAGACCCCCGCUCCGACUCGUACGCACCGUACGUAUCUCGCUACCACCCCGGUACGACAGACACGUACGGCCAUCGGCCACAAGAGGAGGAAGCGACGCUGUUCUUCAAUGAGCGCCCACCCGCGCAGAGGCCGGCCCUGUUCGUCAGCAGCAACCGGCCCGAAGAGGAAGAGGCGACGCUUUUCUUUGACAGCAAGCCUCGCCAGCCGAUUGCAGAGGAGGCGACGCUGUUCUUCAACGCCCCGCGGGUCGCAGCAGUACCUUCACCACCUAGUGGCGACGAGGCGACAUUGUUCAUUAGUGCGCCACGGGCGCCAGUGCAGCCCGCCGCCCAGGACGAGGCGACGUUGUUCUUCAGUGCACCUCGAGCGCCAGCGUUGUCCGCCCAGGACGAGGCGACCCUGUUUUUCAAUGCACCUCGACCGCCACGACCGCCAGCGCAGCCCGCACAAGACGAAGCCACUCUGUUUGUCAACCGCAAGACACCCAACUCCCUACGUACCACGAACAGUGACGAAGCGACGCUCUUCUUCAACGCGCCAACGAUAGCGCGGCCCCCGGUCGCGGCCAUGUCGCCAGAGCGCGAGAAACGCACGCCCAGUGUGUCACCACCAAGGCCCGCCGACGAUGACGAGGCGACACUAUUCUUCCCCCGCCGGUGA